AUGCAUUCGACUAGACCAAUCCAGUCAGCGGGCAACCCUCUCAGAUCUCCUUCCCCUCCUCGGCCAAUUCCAAGUUUUGAUGUCGAUAUUGCUAGUGCUUCGGUAGACGGAGACACCACACGUGAGGCGGUUCCGAUGCAUGGGGUGCGGGCAUCUGAUGCACGGGAUAGCAAGCCUUCAAAUCUACGUUCGCACCUUGAAGCGAAGCAGUAUUCCACGUCGCCGCAAUACGUAACAUCAUCUAAUUCCUACCAUGGUUCUCCACAGUCUACUUCUCCGUAUUCUGGUGGACGGGGUGGGUGGAAUGGGCAACAGCCUUCACAUCAGGGACAGCCACCAACUGGACCACAGAACCAGUUUUUCCCAAACAAUAUCCCCACUGGCCCUCGUGGAGGUCCUUCGGGUUAUCGCGGAAACUAUCAGAACCAGGGAGGCGCCCGUAGAUUCUCUGGUUCAGGCUCUCAAAGCUACAGCAAUGCACCAUCGCCUCGUGGCCGGGGUAAUUUUAACAGUGUUCAAUGGGGUGGUUUCGGAUCCCGGGGUCGAGGGCCUCAUAGCUCCCAUACAACACAUGGGAAGCCGUCACAGAGUCCUCCACCUCCACUUCCCACAGAAGAUCAGAUACCAGUGGGUGCUGACAAGGCUGGACAAGAUCGUCCAGUUGACGGUGAAAAGCCAGGCUCGGAAAAUGGUGACUCUCAGAAAAUUCUACCAACUACUACAGGGCAGCCCGAUAUCUCUGUAACACCUAAUAAAGGCGGCAAAAUCAGUUUUGCUUUCAAGGCGAAGACAACUCCUGCUCCUGCUCCUAAACCCGUCCCGGAUUUGGCACAGAGGAUGCUGGCUCGAGAGCCCCCCCCCCGGGCUGCCGAACCACCUCGCAAUAAGAUGGCGAGUGUCCCUCCUCCUAAAUUCAAACCCGAGCUACGCUUUGACCGUCGUGAUCGUGACCGAGAGCGUGAAAGAGAACGGCAUCGUGAAAGAGAUCGGGAUAGGGGGAGAAAUGACCGACGUGAUUUCCGGGACCCUCGCGGAAUCCGUGAUCCUAGGGAUAGGCGUGAUACUCGAAGAGACGAUCACCGCUUCGAUCAUCGCCAUGACAGGAGAAGAGGUGACCGAAGGCAAGAUUUCCGUCCCGAACGCCGUCGGGAUCGCUCCCCAGAACCGAAGAAGCAGCCUAAGAUUCUGACUCGACCAAAGCCACGCCCGACUCUACCCGAAGAAUUUGCCAAAUCGGACUCCGUUUAUUAUCGGAAACCCGGGAAUGAAUCUGUCAUUGGAGCCGGUACGUAUGGAAAGGUUUUUAAAGCAAUUCACGUGUACACCCAAGGAAAGGUGGCUUUGAAGAAAAUACGAAUGGAAGGCGAGAAGGACGGGUUCCCUGUCACAGCUGUGCGAGAGAUCAAGUUGCUGCAGCACCUCCGCAAUCAUAAUGUCGUCAGCUUGCUGGAAGUCAUGGUUGAGAGGAACGAGUGCUUCAUGGUGUUCGAGUAUCUCUCCCAUGACCUUACUGGUCUCAUCAAUCAUCCAACUUUCACGCUUACGGCAGCCCACAAAAAGGACCUAGCUAAGCAGAUGUUUGAAGGCUUGAGCUACUUACAUCAUCGUGGAGUGUUGCAUCGCGAUAUCAAGGCCGCCAAUAUUCUCAUUAGCAACCGCGGACAGCUCAAAUAUGCCGAUUUCGGUUUGGCUAGAUUUUUCUCAAAGAGUCGCCAACUUGACUAUACGAAUCGUGUCAUUACUAUAUGGUAUCGACCGCCGGAGCUUCUCCUGGGUGAAACCAGAUAUGGUCCGGCUGUUGAUGUUUGGAGUGCAGCUUGCGUGUACGUCGAGAUGUUCACGAAGAAAGCUGUCUUCCCGGGCGAAGGUGGUGAGAUCAGCCAAAUGGAAAAGCUCUACAACAGCCUCGGAACACCGACGCGGGCAGAGUGGCCAGACAUUGUUGAGAUGCCAUGGUUCGAGUUGAUGCGGCCGACUGAGCGAAAGAAAAGAGUCUUUGAAGAGCUUUACGGUCACAUUUUGACACCAGCCGCUCUGGACCUGGUUUCUCAAAUCUUCCGUUAUGACCCUGCAAAACGGCCAACUGCUGAGGAGAUACUGGCGCAUCCUUACUUUGUUUCCGAGGAGCCAAGGCCGCAACAGGCCAUUGAGUUGGAGAACAUCGAGGGUGAUUGGCAUGAGUUUGAAUCCAAAGCACUCCGCAAGGAGAAGGACAGGGAAGCUCGUCGCGCCGAGUAUAUCAGAGACAAAGAAAAACGGAAAGCUGGCACUUCAGCGCCGCCCAGUGAAAGAGAAACCAAACGUGCAAGGCAAGAUACUGAGGACUCGCAGGUUUCAAUACAGCCGACAGAACAAUAA